AACACCCCCGUGUUCACCCCCGUUGUUGUCGUUUGUGCCCAGGCGUCGGUGCGUAAAGGGGUCCUGCCCAGCAUGCUGGAGGAGAUCCUGAACACCAGGAUCAUGGUGAAGCAGUCGAUGAAAGCUUUCAAGCAGGACAAGACCCUGAUGAGGCUGCUGGACGCGCGGCAGCUCGGACUCAAGCUCAUCGCCAACGUCACCUUCGGCUACACCGCCGCCAACUACUCUGGACGCAUGCCGAGCGUGGAGGUUGGAGACAGCAUCGUCCACAAAGCCAGGGAGACCCUGGAGAGAGCUAUCAAGAUGGUGAACGACACCAAGAAAUGGGGAGCGCGCGUUGUGUACGGAGACACUGACAGCAUGUUUGUUUUGCUGAAGGGAGCAACAAAAGAGCAGGCCUUCAGGAUCGGCAACGAGAUCGCAGAGGCCGUGACCGCCACCAACCCCAAGCCGGUCAAACUCAAGUUUGAGAAGGUGUACCUGCCCUGCGUGCUGCAGACAAAGAAGCGCUAUGUGGGCUACAUGUACGAGAGCCUCGACCAAAAGGAGCCCGUGUUCGAUGCCAAAGGGAUCGAGACGGUGCGCCGCGACGGCUGCCCCGCUGUUUCCAAGAUCCUGGAGCGUUCCAUCAAGCUGUUGUUUGAGACCCGGGACAUCAGCCAGGUGAAGCAGUUCGUGCAACAUCAGUGCAUGAAGGUCCUCGAUGGCCGGGCCAGCAUGCAGGACCUGACCUUCGCCAAGGAGUACCGGGGCAGCAGCUCAUACCGGCCCGGAGCCUGCGUCCCUGCCCUGGAGCUCACCAGGCGUACGAUGGCGUACGACCGCCGCCUCGAGCCCCGCGUGGGCGAACGGGUGCCCUACGUGAUCGUGUACGGGAUGCCCGGCGUGCCCCUCAUCCAGCUGGUGCGUCGGCCCAUGGAGGUCCUGCAGGACCCCGGCCUCCGCCUCAACGCCACGUACUACAUCAGCAAGCAGAUCCUGCCGCCGCUGGCCCGCAUGUUCCAAUUGAUCGGUGUGGACGUGUUCGGCUGGUACCAGGAGCUCCCCAGGAUCCAUAAGGCGUCCUGCUCCUCGGCCACGGUUGGAGAGGACGUUGGGAGGAAGGGAACCAUCUCCCAGUACUUCACCACGCUCCACUGCCCUGUGUGUGACGAGCUGACCCAGCUGGGCGUGUGCUCGCGGUGCCGCUCCGAGCCCCAGCGAGUUGCGCUGACGCUCCACCGGGACAUGAGACUGUGGGAGAGUCAGCAAGACCAGCUGCUGAAGAUCUGCAGGAACUGUAGCGGCUGUGCAGAGCGGCAGGUGGCCUGUGUGUCUCUGGACUGUCCCGUCCUCUACAAGCUGUCCCGGGUCAACAGACAGCUCUCCAAGGCCCCCUACCUCCGACAGCUGCUGGAGCAGUUCUGAUUGGCUCCUGAACCCCCGGAGCUCCCCACUGAUAUGGUGCUAAAAAUCUCUCCCGCCCUCUGUGUUUGAUUGUCCACUCAGUUGUAAUAGUUUAUAUGGUGCUUCGAUCGAACCCUGUCAGGGUUUUCAUUCUGUCUUGUAACUGUUGUUCGUCAUCUGAAUAUCAUCUGAAUAUUUUUCAGACUGUCUGGUUUGUGCCCCCCCCCGACCCCCCCAGGUUUUGUGUGUGUCUUCAUGCUUGUUUGCUGCCAUCUCCAUUAGCUGCUAUGAGCGGAGCAAAGUCUUUGGUGAAACAGCGGCCGACUGUAGCAGUUUGAAACUCAUUGUCUUAUAAAGGAGCUCCUUACAAGUCGAAAGACAAACUACAUUCAAACCACUAUUGACUUUUCUUUAUUUUUUCUAUUGACUGCAGCCUUUUUUGUAAAUAGUUCCUGUAUAGCGCCGUCUUUAUUCUCAUUGUGCAUUAACAAAAAAGAAACUACGACUAUGAAUGCAAUCACAUCUGUUUUUAUGCAUUCUGCUUUCAGGAUGCCAUUUUUCAUAUUUCUUUUAACCUUGAUUGUAUUGGUAUCCAUUUUUGCAGAUUUGACACUUCAUACUCCCGUCUGAGUGUAGGAACUGGAAACUAUUUCAGUUUUUUCACACACAAAAAAAAUUCUGGGACUGUUGCAAUACUGUGUUUUGAUAAUUUAUGUUAUGAAGAGUCUAUCACAUGGUUGUGUACAUUUACAAUUUUCUGAGCAAAAAAAAAAAGAGAAAGAAAUCUGUCAUCAAACCAUUUCAAGAUCCAAUUCUCCAUACAGCCGUACACAGAAUCUGUGUAUUUGUAUAAAUGUAAAAAAUAAUAAUGAAGGCGGUGUUUUUUGUUUGUUUUUAAUGGACAUUGCUGUGGGUCGAGGUUUGAGAUUGAUAUAAUAAAAAAGUCAAUGUAUUAAAAUGCA